AGGCGAAGCUGCCCAACCGCUCUCACACCCACUGCUGAUGCACAGCGGUGUAUCUUAACGUAUCCCAAUCUGGGCACUUCUACUUCUGUAAUUCAGCUGAGGUUUUUUUUCGGGAUUUUUGAACACCAAGUUAGUCUGUGCAAUAUGUGGCUCCAGAUAGUCUUGUCAGCUGCUGUCAUCACAGUGGCUCAUGGGAUGUGUUUUGGGGUACCCUUGCUGCAGCAGCCAGUGGCUUGCCCGGAGAACAUGAUCUACUACUCACAGCUGUGUAUAUGCAUUGAGCCAAAGUACAUCGAGCGCAUCAAUGAGAUCGGCACCGUGCGCAAGGUUCCAAUGCUGGCCAACGAAUACUCCGACCCCUCGCAGACCUUUAAGAGCAAGCUCGACGCCAUACGUCAUCGUCUGACGGCCAGUCUGCCAGACAUGAGCGGCCACUCCUACGGCAGCUCAGUGGGCGACGUACGAGUGCCUCUGCUCGUGUUCCCAGACAAAUUCUUCAUUCCUUUCUCCUCCCUCCCCGCUAUGUACAACAACAUCCCCAGAUCCUGGAAAAUCGGCGGUCUGUUGGAAUCCUGGUCUAACGAGGCGUUGGCAGCGGGGGAGAUCCCAACCGUCAACACCGGGGGCGUGUUCUCUGCGCCAUCUUGGGGAGCUGGGGUCAACGACGUAAGUACCUUGUCGCUGCUAGACAGGCUACACACGCUGAGAAGCUUGUGGAAAGACGCAAGUCAGAUCAACGCGGAGAACAGAGCAGCAGAGACCGCCAUGGCGCAGGAGUUCAUCAAGCAUUUACCCACAACCGGGAUCUCCCCCGACACGGCACGGGCUUACUUCAAGGGGUCGGGAAUACCCGACACACCCCAAACCAAAGGUGAUGGGAUUUUAAAUUUCCCGAACCAGGGGUUGAAAAUGCCGCCACUUUUGCUGAAAGAGGCAGACUAUAUACAACAAGGGUUUGAACCCUCGCCCAGAGAGCCAAUCAGAAGGGCCAAUUCUUUUCUUAGGAGCGCUUUGCGGCUUCAGCAAAAUGGGGCAUGAGAAGGCGUCAACAGGUCAGGCAUCUCAGCUAUUUUGUAAUUUGAUGUCAAAAUUUUUAAAAAAAUUACAUUCCAAUCAAACCAAAAACAACGGAACUAUAAAAAUUAUUACUUAAUAGAAUAAUAUUUGUUAUGAUUGCAAAAUACAUUGUUGCUAACUCAAUGGCAUACAACAAAGUUGUUUUUUUAUUCUGUGCAUUGAAUUAUUUGGACAGUGAUUGUUUUAAUUAAACAAACAAUUUUUGGAAUCCUGCUAUUUGUAUUGGUUUUUUCUUCCAUAUGUUUAUUACAUAACUCUGUUUCCAUCGUGGUAAAGUAUUUAGCAAAGAAUGACAAAAUUCAGAUAUUCUAUUAUAUAGAUCUAUGAAUGUUUUGUUUUUAAUUAGAUUUUUUUUUAAUGACUAAAUACAAAAAGUAAACACUACAAAUGUUUUGAUAACUCUAUCAAUUUCUUUUUCUUUACUGUGUAAACUAAGAUAACAUAUUUUUUACAAAAACAUUUUGAAGUGUAGAGAGAAUUUCCUUUCAGACUGAACAGUGUUUUUCAGGUAGAUCUGUACAAGGCUUCAUGAAAAUUUACUUUAAAAUUACAUAUAUAAUAUAAUAUAUUUUAAACAUUCUAUUCCAAUUAUUCAUACAAGUAUAAAUAAGUUUGAAUUUUUAUACACAGAAAUUUACAAACACCAAUGUGUAUUUUCUAUUUUGUGGAUGUUGAAUUUCAUUUUGUGCUUUAUUUUUAAAGAAUAAAGUUUUUAAAGAAUAAAGUUUCUUUUAAAAUAUUAUUUCCUAAUUAUUCAUUUGUUGUAGGCAAUGAUGAAUUGUUAAAUGAACGA